ACCACUGCACUGGAUUUGAAGCCAUUCAUAUUCACAACUUUUGCCACAACUUUUAUUGCCUGCGUACUGGUCGGCGGGAGCAAGCCUGUGUUUUGACAAAUCUUUAUAAUGGCAUACACGCAUGGUGGAAAUAAGAAGAAAAUUUGUUAUUACUAUGACGGAGAUGUUGGUAAUUAUUAUUAUGGUCAGGGACAUCCAAUGAAACCUCACAGAAUAAGAAUGACCCACAAUCUUCUGCUUAAUUAUGGACUGUAUAGAAAAAUGGAAAUAUAUAGACCACACAAAGCUGUCUUUGAAGAAAUGACCAAGUACCAUUCAGACGAUUAUAUAAAGUUUCUAAGAACCAUACGACCAGAAAAUACUUCCGAAUUCAAUAAGCAAAUGCAGAGAUUUAAUGUUGGAGAAGAUUGUCCUGUGUUUGAUGGAUUGUAUGAAUUUUGUCAAAUUUCCACUGGAGGAUCUGUGGCUGGUGCUGUGAAAUUAAACAAACAGCAAGCCGAUGUUGCUAUUAAUUGGGCUGGUGGAUUGCAUCACGCGAAAAAAUCUGAAGCAUCUGGGUUUUGUUAUGUUAAUGACAUUGUAUUAGCCAUUUUGGAAUUGCUGAAGUACCAUCAGCGUGUUUUAUAUGUUGAUAUUGAUAUUCAUCAUGGAGACGGUGUUGAAGAAGCGUUUUACACAACAGACCGUGUCAUGACUGUUUCGUUUCAUAAAUAUGGAGAGUAUUUCCCUGGUACUGGUGAUUUGCGGGACAUAGGUGCAGGAAAAGGUAAAUAUUAUGCAGUAAACUUUCCAUUACGUGAUGGCAUAGAUGACGAUGCUUAUGAGAGGAUAUUCAAACCUUGUAUUUCAAGAGUUAUGGAAAUGUAUCAACCAAGCGCAGUUGUGUUGCAAUGUGGUGCUGAUUCUUUAUCUGGUGACAGAUUGGGAUGUUUUAACCUAUCGUUGAAAGGACACGCACAAUGUGUGGACUUCAUAAAAAAGUUCAACCUUCCACUGUUGAUGCUUGGUGGAGGUGGUUACACCAUUCGUAAUGUUGCUCGUUGUUGGACGUAUGAAACAUCCGUAGCUUUGGAAUGCGAUAUUCCUAACGAACUACCGUAUAAUGAUUAUUUUGAAUAUUUUGGACCGGAUUUCAAACUCCACAUUCAACCAUCUAACAUGCAAAACCAGAAUACACAAGACUAUUUAGAUAAAAUCAAGAGCCGUUUAUUUGAAAAUCUACGAAUGUUACCUCACGCACCUGGCGUUCAAAUGGCUCCAAUACCUGAAGAUGCCAUUCCUGAAGAAAGCGACGACGAAGACGACAACCCUAAAGCCGCUGACCAGAAAAUCUCGAUUUGUGCAUCCGACAAACGAGUUGCAAACGAAGGAGAAUAUUCAGACUCUGAAGAUGAAGGCGAGGGAAGACGAAACGAGAAAAGUUACAAAAGUCCGCGUAAGAAGGUGAAACCCGGAAGUCCUAUAGCUAAUAUGGUAGCCGAUGCUACGAAGUCAGGAGAUAAGAAAGAAAAAACCGAGAAUGGCGCAGUUGAAACUGAAGAAUCUAAGAAAGAAAAGGGAGAACAGUUACCUAAAUCCGAAGUUGAACCUGAAAACAAAGAAACAACAACAGACUCUGCUCCUACUGAGAAUAAAACCCCAACUUCUAAUUCUACUGCAUCGAAAACAGAGACGGAACAACCUAGUAAACCAGCUGAACCGAUGGAUGUGGAUGACUCUGCUGGGAAAAGUAAAACUGAAGAACCAGCGAAAGCAGAAGAGGACACUAAACAAAAAACUGAUGAUACACCAUCAGCAGAUGCCGUUGCUGCUGAUGCAAAAUCGCCCACGGAACCCAACGAAGAAGAGAAAGUUACUGCAUAAAUUCCAUUCCAUCGUGUAAUACCUCUCUCCGCAGCCUCAAGUUCUCCAUGUAAACGGUACAUGAGAAACUAUGAAAUUUUAUUCUGGUCGGUUUACCACGAAGUAUAGUGAUGUAGAAACGCUUACUUUUUUACCGCGUAAACAACCGUCGCGUAAUAUUUAUAAGUAAAAUAUUGAUGACAGUGUAAAUAUGAAUUUUAAAACAUCCCAGCUGUAGAAUAA